GUAUCCACACUCGCCCACGUACACGCACCGGUCGACACACACACGCGCUGGUGAACUCUUCUCGUAUUAUCAGCUGCGUUCGGCGCAGAAGUACAGCAUUCCAUGAUAUCCGUAUUCCGCGUGCCGUUACCGUUGCCGGCGACACUUGUUUCUUAUCAACAUUUUCGCAAUAACAAAACCAAACGUGCCCGGUCGGGCCUAUAGACUAUAGAGCGUCUAGACGAUAAAAUAUACUAUUACGAUUGUGGUGUUGUACCUUUGUUCAAUGUUCACUUUUCAGUACCGGAAGUCGAUGUGUCUUCUAAAAUAUCGUGACUAAAAUGAAGAUUAUUUAUUGAGAUUAAUCUCUUGACGCUAGUGCGACAAAAAAAAAAACGCCCAACUUACAUCAAUUGACGGUCUUUCUGUUAAUUUGUUUGCGUUUCAACAUUGUUAAUUCUUAUAAUAAUAUUAUAAUACCUACGUGUGUUUUUAUUUUUACGUGUACUUCGUUUUGUUACUAUUACCAUAUCGAAGCUUCUUGUUUAUUUUUCAUUUAAACUUAAGUUGAGUGGUAUCAGGAGACUUAUUUUAUUCUCUGGUUAUUAUUAAUUAACAGAUACCUAUGAUUGUUAAUUGGAAACAUUUUAGGAACCACCAGUGGCUUUGAUGUAUGUUUCAGUUAGGGAGUUAAUCUAUUCUACUUAAAUAUUUCAUAAGUGGGGGUAUGUUCAUACACUUCGUGCCAUUUGAUUUAUUUUUGUAUUGUUUGGAUAUUAUCACUUAGUCCUGUGAUUUUUUUACUAAACAAUGAACUCCACGGACGAUGAAUAUUGGAAUGAAAAAAGUUUUGAUGGAUUUAGCUUUGAAGAUGAGGAAAAGGAAUUGAAUUUAAUUCAGAAAAUUCCACUCGAAAGUGAAGGUUUACAAAUUGGAUCAACAAAAGCUAAAUUACAAAAUGUUGAAUCAUUGGAUACGCUACUUUCAAAAGAAAUUUUAGAUAAAAUAUUUAUAAAGCAAGAUUCAAAGUCAAAUAAAAUAAAUUCAACUCAAAAAAAAUUGAAAGGUGUCAAAUCUACAAUAGAAAGUAUUGUAAUGUCUAAUACAUAUACACUAGAACCAUACCACAGCUUAGAAGAAAAAAUAAUGUUGUUAAAAGAAGCUUUGGAUACAGAAGAUGGAAAUGCAAUAUUAACAGUUGUUAUAUUUUUAACAAACACUUUGAAGAAGGGUAUUUUCCAGCGUAUAUUACGUGAUAAUCCUAUUGCUGCUUCUCAUUAUGUUCAAUAUUUAUACUCUAAACAAUAUAUUGAUGAAUUAGUCGACACUUUAGAAAUGUUGGGACGAACAAAAGAUGCAAUGAUGAUGUUAUUCAAAUUUGGAUGUCGAAAUCCACAAAACUGUUUGCAAAGAUUCAAUGUAUGUGCCAAUCUAUCAGACGAACAAUAUGAUAAGCAAAUUAUAUCACAAUUUAUUAAUUUAGUUGGAAAAAGUGGACAAUUUGUGUCAGUUGUUUCGUUAGUAACUGAGAAAUGUAAGGAGCAACAAAAUGUACAAUCAUGUCGUAUGGUGGCUAAUGAAUUUAAUCUGAGUGCUAAACAGUUGGAAGCUACAUUGCUGAUGACUUUUUGUCAACUACAAAAUUGGAUUCUUGUGGAUGACAUGUUGUUAAACAAAAAUUGGCUUGGAAAGGAUAAAUUGGCUUUAUCAUUACCUAUUGGUGAAACCGUUAAGCUAUUACACAUUAAUGGUGCUCCGUCAUCUUCAUUAACCCGUUAUAUAAAAAUGAUUAAAGAUUCAGAUGAACGUUUAGAAUUGGCUAAGAAAUUCGAUUGUCACCAUAUAAUAAUUGAUGAUUUUGCAUUAAAAAAAGAUCGUAGGGGAUUGUUAGUAUACAAGACGACAUUACAAAAGCAGUCUGAAAGCUAUUAUUAUGCCGAUGUAAUUUUAAAGAGUCCAAAUAUGAAGUGGAAAAAUUAAUAAUACUAGUUAUAACUUAUAAGUUAUGACUCAUUAGUCAAUACCAAAUUUAUCACAUGUGAAAACCUUUGAACAAAUGUAAGACUGAGACAGAUUAUUCGUGAUUUAUAAAUUAUUCACUACUCACUAUUAUGUGUCAUAACGAUUAAUUUAUUUUAUCAUUAAAUUAAAUUUUAUUUUUAAAUUGAAA